UUUUUCGUCAAUCAUCAGUUCUAUAAACCUCAAAACCAAACCUAUGGGCUUUGCUUAUUUAGUCUAACAACUCCAUCCACCAUCUCCUCCAUCACUCCAUAAAAAUAGCUUCUUUUCUCUUCAUGUCUCAAUUCUUAAAGCUGAAUUGAUAAAAAAAAAAUUCAGUGUUAAUUUACAGGAGUUCAGAAUUCCCAGCUCCGAUUCUGAAUUUCCCCUUCAAUUUUGUAGUCAUGUUGGGGAAAAGAACAACUCCGGUGAUCGGAAAAUUAACGAAUUCUUUCAUUUCCGGCAACCGUGCGGGAGGGUUGAUGGAUGUUGCCACCACAAGCCCGAGGAGCCCUUUAGAGAUCAAGAUGCAAUCACCGAGAGGGUUAAAGAACUAUGAUCUGGGUGGGGUUGGACUAGGGAUUGUAGCCGCCCUGGAAAAAUCAGCUCAUCAUGAUCUUAAUUCCGGUAGGUUGGGAAGCCGGAAUUUGAACCGGUCGAAUCCAAUUCCGGUUAAUUCUGCUAGAACCGUUAGCACUGAUCCUAAAGGUCGCCGGAAAGGAGGAGUUGAGGAGGAGGUUGAGAUGAUGAUGGAUAGUUUGGAAGAUUAUACCUUUGUGACUUGCCAUGGACCUGGAAAUAAGUCCUUCACUAGAGUUUACUAUGAUGGAGGCUGUCAAGAACAUGCCGGAAAAAAGAUGGCUGAUUUUGAAAGGAAAAGUUCCAUUAGCAAACGUCCAAGUAUGUUCACUGUAUCUUCUCCGGCGAGAAUUGGAGAUUUCCCAUCCAUCCCAGAUUCUGAUUUUCUUAAAACAUGUCAUCUCUGCCAUAAGAAGCUUCAGGGCAAAGACAUAUAUAUGUACAGGGGUGAGAAAGCUUUUUGUAGUUCAGAAUGCAGAGACAGUCAGAUACUGAUGGAUGAGCACAAAGAGAAGUGCAGAUCAGAAGCUUCGAGGUCAAUUGAAGUUUCGCAUUCAUCAUACAAGAAUGGUCAUGGCCGGAUACUUUCACCGGGAAUUUUUGCAAUUUGAACUAAACCAUCUUUGGGGAAAAAAGAAAAAAUCAUUCAUGGUUUAGCAUAGACCGAUUAAUGCAAACCUGUAUAUACGGAAAAAGCUACAUAUAUAUAUAUAUAUAUGAGAAACAAAGGAUCAUUUGUGCAUCCUUUGGCAAAUUUUGAUUGUAGUUUGAACUAAUAAUAAUAACAACCUUUUCAAGCUCAUUUUUAUGGGACUUUUUGGGUUCUACAAAUUGAUAACAGUUCUCAAAUUGAAACUCUUAAGGAUCCAGCUGAUGAUGAUUCCAUUGGAGGCUGUUAUUGGUUUCGAACUUGUGAUCAAACAAUCACAAAGCUACAAUUUUACGAUUGUGUACUCUUUAAGGAAGUUUGCAGCUCAAAGCGCAAGUUAUGCCAUUGUGAAUUCUGAACCAGAAAGGCAUCUUUCCCACAGAAAGGAAGGUCUUUGCAAUCAAAUUCUACGCAGUAGAAAGGCAGACAACCAUGUAGGUUGUCAAAUCAAAUGGGGCAUAGAUAAUGCAUAAAAAUCUUCAUCUGUAGAUUGUUAAGGAUUCUGAAGAAACCACUAUCUAAAGUAGCACUAACUUUCUUCCUCAUCAUUUUCUGAUUAAAGGGAAGUGAAGUGAGGUGGGAACUCCAGAGCACUGGAAAAGUAGCUUUUCUCUUGCAAAAACAUCAUUAGUUGAGGAACAGGAGGAGGAGGAGGAGAUUGUUGCAACAUAUUAUAUGCCUCCCACUCCACAAAAGCGCUUUCCUCCCGUUCAAACGUUAAAUCUUCAUUACAAGUGUGUAUGAUUGCAUUUGCCCACUCAUUACGAAUUAUGAGCAUUUUGUACUUUUUCAACACUUGAUUAGAACAGUGAUUUCUUAUCAACAAACCCAGAAUUACCAAUAGCAGCAGCGAGAGUUUCUAAGGUGAUAUCCCACAUUUGUUGGCGAGUUUAACUUCAUUGAUUUAUUCUCC